CAAGGAAGUUAGAUGGCUUGCGAGGGAUCGUGAUCAAGGGAAAGGCUUACCUCAUCAUGUGUUAAGUGGCCCAUCUUGGUGAGAUGUUGAUGUCUUGGGAGCAGAUGGGGAGAGCUUUGAGUUGGGUGUCGUUUUGUGAGGCAGGACGUGGUCCCCGCUUGUCGUCGACUGACCAAAUCUCAAUAAUUUGGGACCAGUUCACAAAAUUUGAAUCAAGACACCUUUUUCCGAGCAGAAAUCGAAUAUGGAAUUUCAACUUCUCCAAAUCGAUGGAUAUUCCCAUGCUACUCUGCUGAGGUCCGCUUUUGAUUCGACUUUCCUUGCUUGCUGUGGUUGCUUCCUGGUGAUAUCUUAAUUGCCAGGGGUUGGUGCACUUGGUGGAUCUUGGACAUCUCUUGGC